GACGAGCACUACAACCACGACGACAACAACCAUCUCUCUCACGGAUGUUACAAUUCCUACCGGGAGACCUACUACGAUGGAUUUAUCUGUCCCCCAAACUGUUCAGUAUCCCUCCUCCACUGUUAGAAGUUCAACAAACGAUUUCAAAACAACUUCAACCAGAACUUGUAGUGGAGAAAUUCUUCUUUCAAAAAUGGAUACGUUAAAUGCAGUUCCACUUCUAAAGUUUGAUCCAAACGCCACAUUCAAAACAGAUGAUAGGGUUUUGUAUGAAUGUGCAAAUGGUUAUAGGUUUAUGAAUGGACCUUUGGAACACGUAUGUGGAAAUGACGGUGCCUGGAAGGGGGCAUUACCUUAUUGUAAAAGAUGCAGAUGUCCAUGUAGCCGAAUGAAGAACCAGGUUAUCAUAAAAACACAAGAAGAACUUCAAAAUAAAAUAAACGUCAUGACAGAAAAGCUUAAAGUGAAGAAGUCAGAUUUAACCAGUGUGAAGAGUAGGAAAACUUCGGCUCCCGAUCCUCGCCCCUCCUCAAAAGCUGUGGGAUCUCUUAUUGGUAUAGGAAUCCUUGUAUUCAUUUUUGCCGUGAUAAUCAUUUCAGAUUUUCCUCUAUUAUACACACAUAUCAAAUAUGGACCUUACCAUGGAAGAUAA